CCUUGUCUGGCCACCUUUUGCCAGGCGAACAGUAGUGAAGUACGCGCUUCCGUUAAACGAAGCUGCAACGAGGACAAAGGGCGACUUAAAAGCGAAACAGAGUGAGAUAAAGGCCGGUGUAACGAAGAUUGAAUUGACGAAAGUGAACGCAAUCAAAAGAGAUGUCGGCGUUAACUAUCUUGGUUAAUUGUAUCAUCUUGUGCGUUGCCUUUCGAGGGACAUUUUCUAUGCCGAAAAAAAUUGCUGUUCUAACGAUCAACACAACCGAUGAGGUCGAUGAUACCCAGUCAGUUCAAAGACCGACGAAAUUACAUUGGGAUCAAUAUCAAACUCGCAAUAUGAUGGUACACGGCACGGUGUGCGUUUGCAAUCUUCGCCUGCGCGGGAAGCCUCCUCGCGAUGAUUACACGUACACGGCUGGAAUCGGUUCGCAUAAAUUUCACAGCAGAGCAAAGGGGUGGAACACGGCGCGAAAAAUUUGCAACGAGGAAGGCGGGCAUUUGGCAGUUAUCAAUUCCUACGCGGAGCAACGGGCAUUAACGGAACUGUUUAAACGAGGGGGCGAGGUGGUUGGUUCCACCUUCAAGGACACCGCCUUUCUGGGUUUGCACGAUCUUUAUUUCGAGGGCGAUUGGGUCACGAUACUCGGCGAUCCGCUCGCGGUAACUGGUUUCACCGUAUGGAGCAGUGCUUGGGGUGGACAACCGGAUAACGCGGGUGGAGUGCAACAUUGUGCAGGGAUGAUGAUGGAUGGAACUAUGGACGAUAUCAACUGCAACAUACCAUAUGCCUUCUUCUGUGAAAUACCUGAGCUAGCGCCUUUGACGCAAUCAAAAGAGAUGUCGCGGUUAAGUAUUUUGGUCAAUUGUAUCAUCUUGUGCGUUGCCUUUCGACACACAGUUUCUGUGCCGAAACAAAUUGCUGUUGUAUCGUUCAACAAAACCGAAAAUAUUCUGAUCAGUAAAACUUCCGACUCGUCUCUUCGACAUCCAUUGGAAUCAUAUUGGGACGAAUUGCGCAAUAGCGAUGUGAAUGUACACGGCACGGUGUGCAUGUUCGAUCUUGGCAUACGUGGGGUGCGUCCUCGCGAAGAUUACAUGCACACGCCUGGAAUCGGUUCGCAUAAAUUGCACACCAGAGGACAAACAUGGAACACGGCGCGAAUAAUAUGCAACGAGGAAGGCGGGCAUUUGGCAAUAGUAAAUUCGGACGAAGAGGCAAAGGCAAUGGUGCGUCUGUUUCAUAUAUAUGGCCAGUUUAAAGAUGCCGCACGUAAUGACGAAGCCUUUAUAGGUACGCACGAUAUGUAUAAGGAGGGCGAUUGGGCCACGAUACUCGGCGAACCGCUCGCGGAAACUGGCUUCACUAAAUGGAGCAAUUUGUUUGGUGGACAGCCGGAUAACGGGAAUGGAGAUCAAAAUUGUGGAGGGUUCUUAAAUGAAGGAACUUUGGACGAUAUUCACUGCUACACCCGAUUCGCGUUCAUCUGUGAAAUACCUGAGAUAAUGCCUUUGUAAUCAUUUAUUUAUUCAACCCUUAGCAAUGAUCAUUUUAAAGGAACGAUCGAUCCUUGGUGGACGAAGAUGUUUUGGCUUUUACCUGGAACGUUGAUGAGGCUUUCGCAAAGUUUUAUUGUAAUUUGAAGAAAAUAUCAAGAAAUUUUGGAACCUCUAUGUUAGUGCAUACUAUCCUUUAAUCUUUCCGCUUGCAUCUCUUGUACGUUUAUGCAUUUUUACUUAUUACUCCAAAGGUUGUAAAGAAGAAUUGAAAGAGAGUAUUUCUUCCGCGACAUCAUGCAAGAUGCGUAAUGAUUACGAAUCGUUUCGCCUGAUUUUCCUUUCGUGGGUCUAAGCGUCGCUUCACUUCCCGUUUGACUUUAAAAUAGUAAAGACAUCCUUCUGAAUUAAACUUUUAAAAUAGA